CUCUUUUCCCCAUUUCCACUCCAUAUUCACCUCCCAUCCCAUUGGCCCUUCAUUUUCACUUUUUUACCCGUCUGCACGCAGUUAAAAUGGACAGCAUCGCCAUAGCCCUGCUCCUUUUCACCGCGGUAACUCUGUACCUCCUCUGGUUCACCUUCAUUUCGAGAUCCCUGAAGGGGCCCAGAGUCUGGCCGCUUCUGGGCAGCCUGCCCGGCCUCAUCGAGAACUCCGAACGUAUGCAUGACUGGAUCGCCGACAACCUCCGGGCCUGCGGCGGCACGUACCAGACCUGCAUUUGCGCCGUCCCCUUCCUGGCCCGGAAGCAGGGCCUGGUCACGGUCACCUGCGACCCGAAGAAUCUGGAGCACAUCUUGAAGACCCGGUUCGACAAUUACCCGAAGGGUCCGACGUGGCAGUCCGUUUUUCAUGAGCUGCUGGGUCAGGGGAUCUUUAACUCCGACGGCGACACGUGGCUGUUUCAGAGGAAGACCGCCGCGCUGGAGUUUACCACCCGCACGCUCCGCCAGGCCAUGGGCAGAUGGGUCAAUAGAGCCAUUAAGUUGAGGUUUUGUCCCAUACUGCAAACUGCUCAACUAGAAGGUAAUUAAUAAUAUUUGAGUUUUUUCAUUAAUUUCCCUGUAUUAUUACUAUUAUUAAAUUAAGUUUAUGGGUAUUAAUAAAUUUGAUUACAUGAUUUACAUAAUUCCUAUUUAUCAACAAUAGCUAAGGAAAGUUUUAGAUUUAGUCAUAAUUUUUUUACAACCAAACAAAUAAUAGUUUUAUUCAAUCAAAUCAUUCGUCGGCUUACAAUACAAUCAGAAAUAAUAUCAAAACUUCUAUCUUGAUCCGGUAGUAGUUCAUAAUUUAUAUACCAUCAUUAUUAAUCGUGGGAUUAUUUUAAUCAAUUAUACAUUAAUGUCAUGUAACAAUAAUAUUGUCUACAUUUAGAAUUUAUCUACAUUAUUAUUAGUCAUAUAACUUUAUUUUUUUGUAGAUCAGAUCAAAUCAUGUGACUAAUAUUUUAUCUAGAUUAAGGAUUUUUUUAACCGAAUAUGAUGUCUUAAGCAAAAAAGACCCCGUUGUCAAUGACAUUUUCACAUGAUAUUAGAAAUUAUGAUAAAAAGUGAAUAAAUCUAUUAGUUGCAUAUAUAAUAUGGAGUAUAUGGUCUAUGAUUCAUUUGAGUUUUAUGACUAAUAAGAGACAAGUGAAGACUAAAUCACCAAAUCUUUCAAAAAUUAUUACCUAAUAAUAUGAAAUGCCAUUAUAAUCGAUAUGUUUAAUUUACAGUUUUUUUGAAGAAAAAGAAAUUGUCAAUUAAACAUAUCAAUUACGUAGUAUAAAAAAGUGACAAUAGUAUAGGUAUUGAAAAAACUGUCAGUUUAAUUGACAGUUUUAAUUUUCACAUUAUCUCACUUUCCAUAUCAAUCGGCCAAUUGAUGGGAAAUGUUGAGGUAAAAAAUGCGGUGCCUUUGACCCUUUGUUUUAUUAUGGGUCUUCAAAUCUUUUGGUAGGUGUAGGAACGUGAUGCAUUUAAACAAAAAUUGUGUAGUGAAAAUUUAUAUAGCUUAUAAAAAAGUUAUUCAAUGCCUUCAAUUGGUAGGACCCGAAUUGGCCUUAAAAGUUGUGGCAUCUUAGCUACCAAAGCUGCUAAAACUUUUCCAACCUUGUACAUCUACACCUUGUACAUCUACAUUGGUGAAGUUGUUCCUGAGUACUCCGCAUAACAUUUCCUUAGUAAAACCAAAAUGUGUAUACUACAUUUCACUUUAUUAUAUUAAAUUACUUAAUUACACCCGGUCCGUAGCUUUUACUUUUACAACAACAUUAUUAAUAAGGGAAAGUUCCCGAAAUAGGACUAAAAAAGUUUGAAAAUUCCAAAAUAGGACUGUCAUGUUUUUAUUCCCAAAAUAGGACUAAUUACUGCCAAACUUGAAAAAUAUUGCCAUGUUUAAAGUCUGGUAUUGCCAAAACAUGACAGUAAUUAGUCCUAUUUCGGGAAUAAAAAUAUGGAAGUCCUAUUUUGGAAUUUUCAAACUGUUUUAGUCCUAUUUUGGGUAAUAUCUCUAUUAAUAAUAGAAUCGGAUGAAGAUAGUACUAUGUAUUACAUUACACGUUAUGUUAUACGGAGUAUUUCACAGUUUCACUAAUGUUUGAUCGUUUAUUUAUUCAAAUACUUGGUUAUUACAAAGUACAAAUCCCAUUAUAAAUUUUCAUGAUAGGAUCAACUACAAUUUUAUAAAAUAUUUAGCAUGGUUUCAUUUUUAUAUUUUGGUUAACUUUGACAUUACUAAAACUGACAUUAGUAUAUAUAACUUUCAUUUUUAUUUAGGCAAAUCACUCUAAAUAGAAUUAAAAACAUUUGUAUAUUCUAAAAUACAACUAUCACAUUUGUAUUCUCUAAAUAAGAGUAAUUAUUGUAAUGUUAUGGCAGUAGCAUAUUUUGAAGAUAGCAUUACUUUACAAACUUGACACUAAUUACUUCUUUUUAGAGAAUAAAAACAUGACAAUCAUAUUUUGAAAUUCUCAAUCUUUUACUCAGAUUUCGGGAAUUUCAUAUGUUUUUUAAUCACAUCAGUUUAGUAACAAUACCAAAUUAGUGGUAUGACAAUUUUUUUUGAAGGAGGUAUGACAAAUUUUGGUAAUCGUUGCUAAUAUUUGUACACUAUUUCAACAGGAAAAUCCGUAGAUUUGCAAGAUCUUUUGCUACGGCUCACAUUCGACAACAUAUGCGGCUUGGCUUUCGGGAAGGACCCGGAGACGCUGGCUGAAGGGCUGCCGGAAAACGCCUUCGCGCUGGCUUUCGACCGAGCCACCGAAGCCUCCCUCCAGCGCUUCAUUCUCCCUGAGGUCAUCUGGAAGGUCAAGAAAUGGCUCCGGCUCGGAAUGGAAGUCAGCUUGAGCCGCAGCCUCGAGCAGCUCGAUCAGUACAUGUCCCGCAUCAUCUCGGCGCGCCGGCUCGAGCUGACGGCUCAACAGAAAGACCAGCUCCACGACGACCUUCUCUCCAGGUUCAUGAAGAAGAAGGAGUCCUACGGGGACAAAACCCUGCAACACGUGGCACUCAACUUCAUCCUAGCUGGACGUGACACGUCAUCCGUCGCCCUUUGCUGGUUCUUCUCCCUCAUCAUGCAGAACCCAAAAGUGGAGGAGAAAAUCCUCCACGAGGUCUGCUCCGUCCUGCUCGAGACACGUGGAUCCGACACGUCAGCAUGGCUGGACGAGCCGCUGCAGUUCGAGGAAGUUGACCGGCUGGUCUACCUGAAAGCCGCAUUGUCGGAGACCCUCCGGCUGUACCCAUCGGUCCCGGAGGACUCCAAACACGCGGUGGUUGACGAUGUACUGCCCGACGGGACAUUCGUCCCGGCGGGCUCAUCGAUAACGUACUCCAUAUACUCCGCCGGGAGGCUGGAGUCAACAUGGGGAGACGACUGUCUGGAGUUUAAGCCGGAGAGGUGGCUGUCCGCUGACGGGAAGUCAUUCGUGACGCACGACCAGUACCGGUUCGUGUCGUUCAACGCCGGUCCGAGGGUGUGUCUUGGGAAGGACUUGGCUUAUCUGCAAAUGAAGUCAAUCGCCGCCGCCGUGUUGCUCCGGCACCGGCUGACCCUAACGCCGGGCCACAAAGUGGAGCAGAAAAUGUCGUUGACAUUGUUCAUGAAAUAUGGGCUAAAAGUAGAUAUCCAUCCCAGAGACUUAAGCCCCAUUUUAGCAGGGAUUAAGGUUGUGGGUCAUCAAGAAAAUAGUUCAUAAAAAUACUUUUUUUUUUUACCAAAAACUAAAAAUUUACAUACUUCAUGUAAAAUAGAAGUUUGGACUGGGCGGAUAAAUGGACGGGUACCCAAAAAGCCCGAACCGAAAAUCUCCCCUGAUUAUGGUGUAGUAAUUGAGGUUGGUGUGGUUGUUGGGAUGAUGAGUUAAUUAAGGAUUGGAGAUGGUAGAAAGGGUAGCUGGUGCUAGUGUGAGCUUCCAUAAGUGCUGUGAGCCAUUUUGGGAGGUUUUUUCACAUGGAUGAUGAUUAAUGUUGUUUUGGCAUAAGAUGUGUCUAAUGGAUGGCAGCUCAAGACAGUGUUCUCAAGGGAGGUACAUCACAUUCAUUGCAGACAGGGUGUAUGGAGUUGGACAAAUUCUUGACUUUCUUGUGUGUAUUUAUUUUCUCUUCUAUUCUUUCUUUCUUAUUUCAUUUUUUUGUUAUUACAAAAAUUACUAUACCCGUCAAUAUUCUGUGUAGCUCUUUUCUUUAUUUGAUUCUUUUUUUUUCAUAUAUAUGUUGGUCUGUCUUAGUUUUACUUUGAUUUGUUAAUAAGAAGCAGCAUUUUGAGUCAUGUUAUGAGCUAGCCACUUUGCCAUUCGCUUGCAAUAUCGGAG